UUGCUAAGGCAGUGGUCUAUGGAGUAUGCAGGAAGUGGUGUGGCAGGGAUAGUUGUGGCUAUCAGCUGCUGCGCUGCAGUGGCCAAAUUGGGUCCUGGGCGUGUAAAGUGUCCUUUUUUUGCAUUUUCUGUUGAGGAUGUAAUGGUAGAGCUCAUGGAUCUCUCUCACAGUCUUGUAUCGGUGGAAAUAUUACAUCACUUGGCCAUUGAGGCAGGAUUUGAAUCGGAUUUUCUGUCCCAUUUUGGUAGAAAUGUUCUGCUAAGCAACAAAGGGGAAGAAGUAGAAUUUUGGAUUGGGUUGGCUUAUGAAAAACUCUCAUCAGCAUUUCACAAAGAAAGUACAAUUUCAGGCAAGCAGAAGUUUCAUGACAAGGUGCAAGCAGAUACAUUGGCUACUUUAGGACUUUUUGCAUAUCUUGGAAGAAAGACUAGAUUAUUCUUGUCAACAAUGGGCAUAAAGGAUAUUGAUGAGCUACUUAAGGACUUCCUUAGCUACUUGGAAUGUGGUAGCAUUUUCAUCUACCCAGAGUUUGCUUCCAUAGCAGUGUAUCAACACUUCAUGGAGGUAGUGACUGAUGAAAUCGGAUGGCUUGAUUUUUACGCUGCAUGUCCUCCAAAAACUAUUCAAGAGAGACGGAAAAGCAAAUUGCAUGCAAUUCAGGCGGAGAAAGAGAUUGCUCUUUCUGCUGUAUUUACUGUAUGCUAUGAUGUCUAUUCCGGAUUUGCUCACUUUAGUCGUUCAACUCAUCUGUCCUUGGAUACAGGUUUGCUAGAAUUCUUGCUCCAGAGUCAGAGCUUGCUUACUAUUUGUUUGGAAGACUACUGGUCUGCUUAUGAUAAAUCAAGUGAUUGGUCAAAGAUUACAGAGACUAGUUGUGUCGCAACAAAGGUAGCUACAAUCGCAACCAAGGUAUCUUUAACAAUUGAAGCACAUGAUGCACAACGGGAGGCAAGUCACCUAACGACCAUUGAAGAUGGUGAAAAGCAUAGGUCUCACCAGAGUGUUCAACUGAGAACGCCUCCAUGCUUGGUCGGGAUGGAAACCAUAACCUCAAUGGAAGAGGGGAGUGCCAGAAAACAAAGACAUCUCCAUCGAGUAUUGAUUAAAAAGUAUAGCGAUCACUUGGUAGCCACAAGCUCUGAUGUAUGGAUGGGUACUCACUUACUUUUCAUAGACCUCAUGAGUGCUUUGGAGCUGCUCUUGAAACAAUUGAGAGGCCACAAGAUUUCCAGGAGGGAAAGAAAUAAGUUACAAAGGACACUAAAUGACAUUACUUCACUUAUUCCGGUUACAAUUCUAAUGCUACUUCCUGUAUCUGCAGUAGGUCAUGCUGCCAUUUUUGCUGCAAUCAACAAGUACAUACCAGGCUUGAUCCCUUCUCCCUAUUCUUCCGAGCGGCUCGAUGUUGUGAAACAACUAACGAGAACUAAGAAGAUGGAAGUUAGGACAUGGAACAACCUUGAUGAUCCACCCUCUAGAUAACGCUGGUCUACAAUGGCAUACAAUGCAAACUUGUGAUGUUCUUCAGGUUCAUCAUCGACUAUCAUUGUUUUGAACUCCUGAUGAUGUCAAGUCUCCCACCAAUAGUUUCUUUUGUAUAUAAUUGAUAAUUCUAGCAACCAAAAUAAGGUCCCAUCCCUUUAUACAAUCGGAUGAAUAAUUUGAAUUCUAUCAAGUACACUGUAUUAU